AUGCAGUCGUCCACUGGCAGCACAUACAGCAUCUGGAAGCUGACAGACCUGGAUCAGACCACGCUGUCCAUCUUUCUUUUUAGCGGAGCACACGACGAGCUGUGGAAGCAGGCCCCUGGCACCCUGAUCGCCAUCUUCACCCCCAAAGUGAAGAAUGACAGGGAGCUGUGUCUGACAGCAAUUUCAGGAGACCAGGUGUGGGUCCUCGGCACGGCAGCCGAGUUCGGGUACUGCAGGGCUCAGAAGAAGUCGGAGUAUAACCGCGUCAAGCCGUUGGGACGGAAUGAGUUCCAGGGAAGUACGCUGUCUACCGCAUUCCGCGCCGGACAGCAGAAGGGACUGCAUUGGCAGCCGGGGCGAUUCGAGCCCCGCAUCGCGGCCAAGCCCAGGAUGCACGCGGCCAGCCCAGCGGCGCUUUCCAGCCUCGCGGGCGCGGCCGCCAGCCGCGGCAGCACGGCCGGGUCCAAGUACCUCGUCAGCAUCGCCGACCCCGCCAGCGUGGCGGCCGCGGCGGCCUCGCGCUCUGCGGCGGGUGGGGCGCUGCACAAGGCCCUGCCCCAGGGUCGAUCCGUGGGGACGCUGGUGUCGCAGGUCCAGCGUGGCACCAAGCGCAAGGGCGGGGCGGUGCCGGCCGGUGGCCGGGGAUCCGCGUCGCCCGCCGGUCCCGACGAGGUGCAGCUGGCUGCCAGCGACGACGAGGGCGAGGGCGAUGGGCAUGGCCCCCACGACCCCGGGCGCAGGGCCUCCGGGGACGACGGCGCGCGCGGCCGCGCCCUGGCCCUCCUCAUGUCCACCAGGGCGGGGCAGCGUGGCUUCACGGCCCCGCCCCGGCCAGCGGUGCCGGAGUUCCUGGCGGCUCCCCUGAGGGCGGCCAAGAGCGGCGGCCCGCAGCCCGAUUCUGGGACCCCGGCGGCAGGAGCAGUAGAGCUGGCCGCAGUGGCUGCAGGGCCGCAGAAGCCCUCUGCCACCAAUACAAGGCGGCAGCGGGCAAGCAGUCUGGGGAAGGAGAACCGAGCGGAGCCCUCCAAGCUGGCCUCCGCGUUUGGGGAGGCGGUACUGGCCCAGGAGGGGGAUGGGCUCGCAGCCCCGGGCUCCAGGUAUGCCGAGCUGGUGGACGAUGAGGACGCGGCUCGGCUGGACGGGGUGCUGCAAGUGCUGGAAAGGAAGGACGAGCUGGCCGCCAGGAUGGACGCCACCACCAAGCUCCAGGUCCAGGCCUUCUCCUGCCGUCACUGCAAGUACGUGGCUGAGAAACGGCGGCCCGAGUGCGGCGGCCAUCCCCACCUGGUGGACAGGGUCACGGCGACCAAGCGGUGGUGGGGCUGCGAAGCCUGCCACCACCGCUUCGCGACCAUGGGGGUGAAGUACCCGACCACCCGCUGCGCCAAAUGCAACCACCCAGAAAACGGCUUCAAGGCCCUGAGCCAGUGGCGGCCGGGCAAGGAGUCGCGCACGGACCAGCAGUCUAGCGUGGCGGACCGGAGCCAGCUCCUGACGCGCGGCGUCGAGCAGAAGUGGGUCGGCGGCUGA